CCAUGUGUGCCUGUGGCCGCCCAGUUUCUGUUCGUAGGGGAUAGCGUCGGAGAUUCUAUAUUUCUAAUGCGAUUCUUGAUCCCAAUUAUGCGUAUACAUAUUUUUCUUCUAUUGGAGGCCAUCAUGUGUUCUUGGUCUUAGUGCAUUGUGCUUUUCGAUCCCCCUGUGUUUCUUAUGUGCCAUUGCUGAUUGAGUCUGAGGUGGAAAUGGGACGGCUUUUCGAGGUGAUUGCAUCGUCGCGAAAAGGGGAUCGGAACGGGGCGAAAUGAUUGAAAGGUUGAGGCGUUGCUUAGCAGUGUUGGUGUUGCGAACUUUUUCUAGAUCUCUAGUCCAGUUUUUAUGUGAUUUUGUGGUGCAAAUUGAGGUGCUUUUAUGUGGAUAGAUGGAGUGGGGAGGGCGCUUGCAUGGCACUAGCUUGAAGGCCUCUUUUACAUUCGGUUCAUACUUCCUUUUUUUUUCCUGGACUUUUUGUGUCAUCUUUUUUGUUGUUCUUUUCAUCUUGCCUUUCCAAGGAUUUUAUUUCCACAAUGUGGUAGGAAUAUGAUUGGUUAAAUUCUUUUAGAGAGCUAGGAUUGGGUAAUUUGGUAGGUGAAUUGGCCAAGUGGGCAAAAAAAGAUAAGAAAAGUGAGAAAGAAAUGUUGCUAAACAAUGUUAAUGGAGUAAUGGGGUCUUUUGGUGGUUCAUCUUGUUACUGCAGCCAUUGUUGCUGCAUUUUGACGUGCCUCCGAGCUUGAUGGAAGCGAACAACCAACCCGGCGAGGACAGGCCGCCGGCGCAGCCCGAGCCCAUGGACUCGCCGAGGGCGGCGACGCGGCGCAAGAAGAUGACGAAACAGCUGACCGGGAAGCGGGACGACACCGCGAUGCACGCGGCGGCGCGCGCCGGCCAGCUCGGCUCCGUGCGGGAGAUGCUGUUCGGCAAGACCCCGGCGGAGCUGGGCGCGCUGCUUUCGAAGCAGAACCAGGCCGGGGAGACGCCGCUGUUCGUCGCCGCCGAGUACGGGUACGUGGCCCUGGUGGACGAGAUGAUCAAGUACCACGACGUCGCCACCGCCGGCAUCAAGGCCCGCAGCGGCUACGACGCCCUCCACAUCGCUGCCAAGCAAGGGGAUGUAGACGUGGUGAAGGAGCUGCUGCAGGCGCUUCCGGAGCUGUCGAUGACGGUGGACGCGUCGAACACGACGGCGCUGAACACGGCGGCGACGCAGGGGCACAUGGAGGUGGUGAGGCUUCUGCUUGAGGUGGACGGGAGCCUGGCUCUGAUCGCGCGGAGCAACGGCAAGACGGCGCUGCACUCGGCGGCGCGGAACGGGCACGUGGAGGUGGUGCGCGCGCUGCUGGAGGCGGAGCCCAGCAUCGCGCUGCGGAAGGACAAGAAGUGCCAGACGGCGCUGCACAUGGCCGCCAAGGGCACAAGACUGGACCUUGUCGACGCGCUCCUCGCCGGCGAGCCGUCGCUGCUCAACGUGACGGACAACAAGGGCAACACCGCACUGCACAUCGCGUCUCGCAAGGCGCGCCACCAGAUCAUAAAGCGGCUGCUUGAGCUGCCGGACACGGACCUCAAGGCGAUCAACCGGUCCCGCGAGACCGCGCUGGACACGGCGGAGAAGAUGGGCAACGCCGACGUGUCCGGCCUGCUGGCAGAGCACGGCGUGCAGUCGGCGCGCGCCAUUAGCCCCGAGGGCGGCAACCAGGCGGGCGAGUUGAAGCAGCAGGUGAGCGACAUCAAGCACGAGGUGCACUCGCAGCUGGAGCAGACGCGGCAGACGCGCGUGCGCAUGCAGGGCAUCACGAAGCGCAUCAAUAAGCUCCACGAGGAGGGGCUGAACAACGCCAUCAACUCGACCACCGUGGUGGCCGUGCUGAUCGCGACGGUGGCGUUCGCGGCCAUCUUCACGGUGCCCGGGGAGUACGCGGACGAUCCGGGCAGCCUGGCCCCGGGGCAGGCGCUGGGGGAGGCGAACAUCUCCCACGAGACGGCGUUCAUCAUCUUCUUCGUGUUCGACUCGGUGGCGCUCUUCAUCUCGCUGGCCGUGGUGGUGGUGCAGACAUCGGUGGUGGUGAGCGAGCGCAAGGCCAAGAAGCAGAUGAUGGCGGUGAUUAACAAGCUCAUGUGGGUGGCGUGCGUGCUCAUCAGCGUGGCGUUCCUGGCGCUGUCGUUCGUCGUGGUGGGCCGCACCGAGCGGUGGCUGGCCGUGGCCGUGACCAUCAUGGGCGCCACCAUCCUGGUCACCACCAUCGGCACCAUGCUCUACUGGGUCAUCGCGCACCGGCUGGAGUCCAAGCGGAUGCGCAGCUCCUCGCUCAGCCGCUCCCGGUCCUUCUCCUGCUCCGGUAUGUCCGAGAGCGUGUGGAUCGACGAGUUCAAGAGGAUGUACGCCAUCUGACGACUGAUGCUGGCCGCUUUCCUCUAUUACUACGUGCACGAGCAUGAGUGAGCAUGACCAUGCCAACAUUGCCGUGCCGGGCUAGCAAAAUUUCAGCACCUCACGGACUUUUUGCCGGUUGCUGAAUUUUGACGGGGACGGAACUAGAUGGCUAAGGAAGCAGCUGCCACGGUGAGCGCAGUUUUGGUCUCUUUCCACUUCGGGUCUAGCUGAGACACACGCGGUUUUAUGAGCGAAUAUUUCGGUAAAAAAAUUGCGCAUCAGCGCUUUCUCUCUAUUGUGUACAUUAAGGUUCUUUUUACAUUAAGAUCAUAUUUGUUUUAGUUAAGAUUCUGAAAACCAGCUUGUAAAUUAUAAAUCGUAAAAAGUCAGAUUGUAGAAAGUUUUUAAUUAUAGAUUAUAAAAGAUUUUGAUGGACAGUUCAGCAAAAUAAAUUUUUACAAUUUGUGAAAACCGACAAAAACAACUUUUUGGAUUCCCACAAUCCAACAAGUAGAUUGUAAAAAGCUAUAACAAAAAGCUAUUUAGUUGUUUCAACUUUAGAUUGUAAAAACUGAAAGUCACAAUUCAAAAUCGAAAGAAACAUGUCCUAAAUAUUUCUGGAACUUUUAGAGAAACCAUGAUUUCUAAAAAAUACUGUGGUACGAAAAACUUUGAGAUGUUUGAUUAGUAGGGAAGCUGUAGUUUUAUAAACUAUAGUAUGACUAAUAUCAUUGCAUUUUUAGAGUUUCUAAAAAUCCACUCACCGCCAUCCGUCCGUGCUGUAAUGCACUACUUGAAGUCCCCUGUGCUGCCAUGUGAUCUACGUCAAAUUUCUACAAAAGUUGUUCUUUUUUCUCUCUUAAGUAACAAAUAAACUUGAGAAUCAGGCUUUAGUUGUUAGUGGAGGUGUUUGUACCAUCUAUCCAUGAGUGAUUAAAUUCGUGUGCUAC